AUGCACAGGCAGGCCCACCAGAGGCACUCCCGGCCCCAGACGUCCAGAGUUGAUGCCGAGGUCCCCGCUGCAGGUGAGCGUCCUCUGCCAUUUUGCUCCUGCUCGUCAUUACUGGACCCUAGAGCCGAGUUUCGCAUCCAGUACCUCCAACAGUACAGUUACGCUUAUCUCACCCCUCACCCCCUUCCCCCUGCCUGUCUGCGGCAGAGCUUUAGCUUUCUCCACCGCACCUCCCUCCGCCCCUGGCCUCUCCAGACGCAGCAGCCUGCCCGGUCGGAAUUACAGCACCACGCCCGAGUGCGUCCUCGCCGGCUGCUCCGCCUUCCCGCAGCAGCUGCUGCCAGCGCGCUUCCUGCUCUACCUGCUGACGUACCUCUCACCCCCUUCCCCCUGCCUGUCUGCGGCAGAGCUUUAGCUUUCUCCACCGCACCUCCCUCCGCCCCUGGCCUCUCCAGACGCAGCAGCCUGCCCGGUCGGAAUUACAGCACCACGCCCGAGUGCGUCCUCGCCGGCUGCUCCGCCUUCCCGCAGCAGCUGCUGCCAGCGCGCUUCCUGCUCUACCUGCUGACGUACCUGUUCACGCUGCUGGGGAACCUGGUCAUCACGACUGCCGCGGCCGGAGCGCGGCUGCACAGGCCCAUGUGCCUCUUCCUGUGCGCGCUCUCCGCUUCUGAGAUCCUGCUCACCGUUGCCAUCACCCGUCGCAUGCGGGGUGACCUGCUCUCCCACCACCACUCCAUCGCCUCUGCGGCCUGUGCCAACCGGAUGUUCCUCUCCUUCACUUUUGGCUGCGCCCACUCCUUCUUGCUCACGGUCGUGGGCUGCGACCGCUCCGUGGCCGUUUGCCAUCCAUUGCCCUCCAAUGUGCUCACGAGCCCCGCCGGCUGUGCCCAUCUCGUGGCCUGAUCCCGGGCUGGUGGCUCGGUCGUGGGGAUGACGGCGACAUUGAUAGUUUUCCACCUCACCUUCUGCGAAGCUAAUGUCAUCCACCACAUCCUCUGCCAUGCGUUUUCCCUGUUGAGGUUGGCCUGUGGGGAUGACACAGCCUCCGUCACCGUGGGUGUGAUCCUGCUGUGUGUCUUACCCCUGGUCGGCUGUUUAUCCUUCAUUGUCCCCUCCUGCGUCUUCAUUGUGGCUCCCAUCCUGAGGACCCCCUCUUCUGAGGGCCGGCACAAGACCUUCUCCACGUGUACAUCUCACCUCACUGUGGUGAUUGUGCACCAUGGCUUUGCCCCCGUGAUCUACCUCAAACCCGAGGGACCCCAGUCUAUGUACAGUGACGCUCUGACGUCCGCUACCUAUACAGUUUUCACCCCCUUCCUCAGCCCAAUCAUUUUCAGCCUCAGGAACAAGGAGCUGAACAAUGCCAUAAAUAAAACUUUCUACAGAAAAUUCUGUCUGUGA